AACUGUAUAUGGACAUGUUAAUAAUAUGUAUAAUUCAUUUAUAUAUGAUAAUAUAUGUAGCAAAAAAAAAUCCUUUGUAUAGAAAUGUAUAUUAUUUAUGAGGUGCGUGUUUUGUAUAAUUUAGAGGUGAAUAUUGUUUAGUGCCAUGAGUUCUGCUCAACACAAAAUAAUAAAGAAGAAAUAUUGCAGUAAAAUACAGUGAACAGGGCUCCAGACUGCGACCAAAACAGUCAAAAACUUGUUUGAAAAAAUUUAUUAAUUACUAAUGUAUUAAUUAUAUAUUAAUAUGUUUUUGCUGAAACUAUGGUUUGAAAAGUAUAAAUGUAGUGCCUUUUUCCUGAUGUUUUGCCAUCAUCACACCUUUAGUUGUUGACGUAAUAAACAGAAACGAUACGCAUCAGUUUUAGUGUGAGACAGAGCUGAUCUGGAGCAGCUGAAGCAGCGUGAGACACGAGGAAACGUCAGGAGACGUGAAGAAACCUGAGGAAACGUCAGGAGACGUGAGGAGACGUGAGGAAGACAGAGACGUGAAGAACACAGAGACACGAGGAACAGAGAGACACGAGGAAACGUCAGGAGACGUGAAGAAACCUGAGGAAACGUCAGGAGACGUGAGGAAGACAGAGACGUGAAGAACAGAGAGACACGAGGAACAGAGAGACACGAGGAAACAUCAGGAGACGUGGAGAAACCUGAAGAAAGUCUGUUUGGUGCACAUCUAUAACAGGUAGAGGAUAGCAGUGUUCUUCUCCAAACAUCUCCAGGAGCUUCCAAAGACCAAAGACCUAAACACCAAAGCUGACCUCUGAAACAUGUUCUAAUUCAGAGGCUUUGGACAAAAAUAAAUUUUUACAGUCAGCUGAUUCAACUGUAAUCUCCAGUACUGGCAGAAUGGGAAAUUAUGAUGAGGACACCGCCUUUCUGGGGCAAAAGGGACCAUUUUUUCUCAUCCUUUUCUUUCUCUUGAAUGCCGUCUACAUUUCCACGGGGCUUCACAGCCUCUACAUAGUUUUUGUUGGGGCUUCGCCGUCACAUCACUGUCGGAUAGCAGAUGGAAAUCUGAGUGAAGAAUGGCUGAAAGCCAGUAUUCCCAAUGAGAUGGUCAAUGGAAAACUGCAGCCAAGUCAGUGUUGGAGAUACAGCCUGGAGACGGUGAGAGAUCUGUCUGCUCAGGGAUACUCUCCGCUGGAGGUCUAUCUGACAGACAUUACACUGGAGACGUGUAUGGACGGAUGGAGCUACAGCACAGAGAUAUACCACUCCACUAUCGUCUCUGAGUGGGAUUUGGUGUGUGACAGCGAGUGGAAAGUCCCGUUCGCAAGCUCAACUCUAUACAUGGGCUACUUGCUGGGCUCUCUUGUUUCUGCACAGUUUUCUGACAGGUUCGGCAGGAGGAAGGUUUUCUUCAUGUCACUGGCAGCAGAAGCGCUCAUGAUGCUCGCGCAGUCCUUCGCCGAGUCGUGGCUGGUCUUUUGUGUUCUGUAUUUUUUUGUUGGCACAGUCCAAAUAUCCGUGUACAUCACAGCAUUUGUUCUUGGCACUGAAGUGCUGAGUGAUACCAUGCGUGUGUUCUUCACAUCGGUGGGAGCGUGUAUGCAUUAUUGCAUCGGUUACAUGCUGCUGCCGUUGAUUGCCUAUGCUGUCCGAGACUGGAGGUCACUCCUGAGGGUUCUGUCCGGCCUGACCGUGGUCUUCAUCCCUCUGUGGUGGCUGAUCCCGGAGUCUCCGCGAUGGCUUCUCUCUCAGGGACGCGUGCUGGAGUCUGAGGCCAUCGUGAGAGAAGCAGCGAAGAAGAACAAAGUCUCUGCUCCAGAGGUCAUCUUCAUCCAAUCUGAGGUUACAGAGCCGACAUCCCAGAACAGUAAGUACAGCCUGCUCGAUGUGCUACGGACCAGAGAUAUCCGCAAAACCACGUUCCUGUGUUUACUGCUAUGGAUAGCCAUCAACAUUGGAUAUUUUGGCUUGUCCUUGAACACCCCUAACCUCAGUGGUGAUCCCUUCCUUAACUGCUUCCUGUCUGCAGUCAUUGAGGCACCUGCCUACAUCAUGUCAUCGUUUCUCCUGAAGAGCUGUCCUCGGAGACCCGUCCUGUCCGCUUUCCUCGUCAUCGGAGGAGGAUUUCUGCUUCUGCUGCCGCUGAUUCCUGAAAGUCUGAAUACUCUGGCACUGGCGUUAGAGAUGGUCGGCAAGUUUGGCUUGACCAUGUCCUUCACCGUGGUCUACAUCUACACAGCGGAGCUCUAUCCCACCGUCCUGAGAAACCUGGGCAUGGGCUUGUGCUCCUCAGCCGCUCGCAUCGGCAGCAUCACCGCUCCUUACAUCAUAUUCCUGGGUACUUUCAACAAAUAUCUGCCCUACAUCCUGAUGGGAAGUCUGACCAUUGCUUCCUCAAUAGCAAACAUGUUUCUGCCAGAGACGUUUGGAAAAGUGCUGCCCGAAACUCUGGAACAAAUGCAGAAAAGCAAAGCUUUUAUUGGAAGAGAUAAACGCACCUUGGAGGAAGGGAAAGGAACAGUCAUUGUGAAAGAAGAAAAUGUGUGAAAGGAAAAGUCGACGGCUUCACGGCAGGAAAAAUAAAUACCAAUUCUCCUCUGGACACGAAGACAUUCAGAAGAUCCUACAUGGCCCUCGUCGAUGGCUUCACAGAUUUAAUGGCAACUCUUGAUUAAAUGUGAAUAAAUUAUGUCUACAGGUCAUUUUUACAUUGAUGUUCUUUUUUUUGUCAUUCUGUAAUUGGUAUUAUAACAUGAAUUUCUUUUCUUUUUUUAUUUACCAUUGUAGUUAACAUAAUUCAAAGAUAUGAAUAGCUGUUGUGAGAAUGUUGUAUAUUUAGGUGCUUGUGCAAAAUGCACAAAUUAAAACUGAUUUUUCAUGCAACUACCUCUGGAUCAAAUUUACAGUCAAACGAUUACGAUCAUGCCUCGGAGAACCACAGCAGAGCCAGAGGAGCACUGCUGUUUAUACAUUUAUCCCUGGGAUGAGAGCAAACACAAACCUUCUUCAUAGACGUGUAAGUACUGAGAAGCGGAUGUGGACCUGGAUAAAGUGAUGGAUCAGAACCGAGUUCCUGCAGAUCUGACAGUGAAAGAGCUGUGCGUCUGAGAAAUCAUAACCUGUCUGGUAACUUCAGGAGUAUUUCUUUAUUUUUAUUGAGUUAACAUCAACAUUAUACAGUUUGCAUAAUUAUCAUCUUCAUAUACAAUAAGAAAAGCCAGAAGAAAAAGAAGGAAAGUGAAUGUAUAAGUAUCCAGAUGCAUGAGCACAUCCUCAGUGGCACUUUGCUCGACUCGAUUCACAGAUUUGUGAGCCGACUGUUAUUUGUGCCACAUUCAUUGGUGUUCAUUGCAAACCCUGGCUGAGGUGGUUUAUCUAUCGCUGUUUGGAUUGCGUUGGCUUUAUUGCAGGAACUACACCACACUUCUCUCUGCAUGUGUAUGAGACAUAUUCAGCAAUUCACCAAAAAAGUGAGCUCAACAUGGCUUGGUUUCAUUGCAAAUAUUUAUUACAAUUUCUGAUGGAAACAUCUGUAUCUGCCGUAGAUGGAACAGCUCAUGGAAUGACAAUGAUACACAGAAGGACAGUACAGAAAAUAAAAUGCAUUUAUGUGCCAUUCCACUGCGACUCCACAGAAACUGAGCUAGAAGACUGGCAUCUCAUCCCGGUUUAGAUGUUUUACACUAUGUUAUUUGUGUUUAUAAAAAAAAAA